UCAGACCAGGGCCUUAUACGUAUGCGGAUACAGAUACAGUUAAGGAUACAGUCUUUGGAACAGGGUGUCUGUGCUUGGGCGUAUGUAGGACAUUGGUCUGCGCGUUGCUGUCAUCCAGGGUGGUGUAGCCUGCGUGCAGAUUCAGGAUUAAUCAUGGCAUCAACAAGCAGUGGCAACAAGGCUCAGGAUCCUGAACCAGGCCUGGGACCUAUUGAAGAGAGAAUCAUGGAGCUGUGUCGUCAAUACCCCAAAGGCAUCUCCGAUAAAAUAAUACAGAACGACAACCCGCAGCUGGAACAGAAGGAACGAGUUUCUGCCGUCAAUAACCUCCUAGCUGCGGGGCACAUCGACCUUUUCAAGCAGGGCACGGAGUUGAUAUAUCGCCUGAAAGGCACUAGCAGGGCGAGAGGCGGAGAUGCAGAAGAGAAGAUUGUGUACGGAAUUAUAGAGGAGGCUGGUAACAAGGGAAUAUGGAUCCGAGACAUACGCUUCAAGUCGAAUCUGGGUAUGACGCAACUGAACAAGCUAUUGAAAAACAUGGAGGGGAAGAAGCUCAUCAAGUCGGUGACAUCAGUCGCGGCGUCCCGGAAGAAGGUGUACAUGCUGUACGACAUCGAGCCGGACCAGUCGGUGACGGGCGGCGCCUGGUACUCGGACCAGGACUUCGAGUCCGAGUUCGUCGAGGUGCUGAACCAGCAGUGCUACAAGUUCCUGCUCCAGCGCGCUGACCAGGCGCUGGCCAGCUCGGACGGCCCGAUGGCCGUGCGUAACCUCUCCUGCGCGUCCUCCAAGGAGAUCGCCAACUACAUUUCCGAGCUGGGCAUCAGCAAGGUGAGCUUAUCCGUGCCAGACAUCGAGAAGAUCCUCGACACGCUCAUCUACGAUGGGAAGGUGGAGCGGCGGCUGCAGGCAGGCAGCGGCUCGGAGGACCAGCUCAAGCUGUACCGCGCCACGCAGACGCUGCUGCCACCUGUCGGCCUCAUCAAAACCCCCUGCGGUAUAUGUCCGGUCAUCGACCAGUGUUCAGACGUCGGGUCAGUGACACCACAACUCUGCAUGUACCUGAAAGAAUGGCUGGAAUAAAGCCACGUUAUGA